AUGAAAAGAUCUUUCAUCGUGACUGAAGAUCCCCGGAAAGCGAAGGCUACUCCUCAUGCGAUAUCUCCCUCUCGCUCGUCAUUUCGUCCCCCCUACACUCACUACGCGACGAUCUAUCUAGAUCACGAGGAAAAGGUCAAGACCAAGGAAUCUCGGUCUAUCCAAGAGCAACGCGAUAGAGUGUUCAUUCCUGACUUUUCUUGGAAUAAGUGA